GAGUCAAUGAAGAAGGGAGAAGUCAGCUAAAGCGGUCAUGUUUUCACUGAACAAUCCUGCAAAAGUGAAAAUCAAAACAAAAAUGUUGCUGCUGAAAAAUCAUUAGGAGUUUCAAUUCAAAGCAAAAUUGUCAAUUCUAUGAACACAGCAAGAUAUCAGGUUUCAUCGCUGUUUGCAAAUCUUACAUUCUAUGGCAUCAGAGAUGAACUUGAUCAACCAUCCCCAGCUAUCUUCAGCAGAUGGAUUUUUUCUUUCUGAAGGUCCUAAUUUAUUUGGUAUACAUCCGGAUCCAAUGAUUUCUACAGCGAAAGAGACAGAUGUGUCAUCCUACUCACAGUACAACUCUAUGCAUUUUUGCCCAAUGCAGCCUCCAAUCACUUUACCACCUUAUUAUUCAGGUUUUAGUCUUUAUCCUCAACAAUCUGAAGAAUGGCAUUCUCCUGCAAUGUAUGAACUUGGAAAAAUGCCCUCUAAUAAUUUACAAACCAAGGAGACAGAUCUGGUAGACAUUCCUGUAGCCAAGAAAUCGCGGUUGGGUCUACUCUCUGGAAGAACAAAAGAUAAAGAGCUGUGUGUUGUCUGUGGUGACAAGGCCUCUGGGUACCAUUAUAAUGCCCUGACUUGUGAAGGCUGCAAAGGUUUCUUCAGAAGGAGUAUCACUAAAAAUGCUGAAUAUAAGUGUAAAAAUGGAGGAAACUGUGAGAUGGACAUGUAUAUGAGGAGAAAGUGUCAGAAGUGCCGUCUACAAAAGUGCAAAGCAGUAGGGAUGCUGGCAGAAUGUUUGUUAACUGAAAUCCAAUGCAAGUCAAAACGACUAAGAAAAAACACGUCACAGCCUCCAGAGGAGACUAUUAGUGAAGAUCCUGAGAGAUCUGAUCUGAAGCAAGUGUCAUCUACAACUAAAUUGUAUAAGGAGAAAGUAAAAUUAAGUCUGGAACAACAGAAUCUUCUUCGUUAUAUAAUGGAUUCCUAUAAUAAACAGCGGAUUCCUCCUGAAGUUACCAAAAAGCUUUUACAAGAGGACUUCAGUGCAGAAGAAAAUUUUCUUGUUUUAACAGAAAUGGCUACUAGCCAUGUUAAAAUGCUUGUGGAGUUCACUAAAAGAUUACCAGGUUUUCAAAUCCUGGAUCAUGAAGAUCAAAUUGCUUUGUUGAAAGGUUCAGCAGUAGAAGCUAUGUUCCUUAGAUCAGCUGAAAUCUUUAACAGAAAACUUCCUAGAGGACAUGCUGAUCUCUUAGAAGAAAGAAUUCGCAACAGUGGUAUCUCAGAUGAAUACAUAACGCCUAUGUUCCAUUUCUAUAAAAGUAUUGGGGAACUCAAGAUGACACAAGAAGAAUAUGCCCUGCUUACAGCAAUUGUUAUUUUAUCACCAGAUCGGCAAUACAUAAAGGAUAGAGACUCUGUUGAACGGCUUCAAGAACCUUUGCUUGAAGUUCUGCAAACAUUCUGCAAACUUCAUCACAUGGAUAGUCCUCAACAUUUUGCUUGUCUCCUUGGUCGCCUUACAGAAUUACGGACUUUUAAUCACCAUCAUGCAGAUAUGUUGAUGUCAUGGAGAGUUAACAAUCACAAAUUCACACCUCUUCUUUGCGAAAUAUGGGAUGUACAGUGAUAAGCUUGGUUUUUACUGGAUCGUAAACUAAGUUAGCUGGGACAACAAACUUGAAUCCAUAAUAUCAGUGUAUUCAUUCAGUGUUUUUGAAUUGUAAAUAUUUUCUUAAAGCACUUAAAAUAAUUGAUAGUAAAUCAUUUUCAUUGAAGUUUACAUUUUUGUGUCUGUUUACAUAGAAUAUCUGCCAUGGUUCUUAAGUACCUUGAAACAAAAGUGAAUUUCUAUUUGC